ACAUGCCCAAAACCAGAACGCAUUUGUAUUAAGCCCGAAGGCCUGUUGCCAACCUACUCGGCUUUCCUCGAUCUCUUCUCAGCCGAGGUGACCGUGAAGUCAUGGAAGCGGAGAUGAAACCCUCGCAGAAGUCAGAACCCCUGCUUUCGCCGAACUCCUGCAAUGACGGGAGAGACUUCCUCCUACAUCUAGAGGCUUACCUUGCUCGCCGGGACGGCGUUGACAAGCUGCUCAAAAUCGCCCGCUACGCCGCUAAGAUCGCCAUCGCUUCCUCUCUCCCUUCCCAAACCCUAACACCCCGCCUCAAGUCUUUCGAGUCCAGCGUUGGUCUCAGCCGAAAGGCCUUCCGCCUUGGAAAGUUUGUACAGGACGUCAACGCGCUCCGCGACGCCGCCGGCCGACCCACCUCUUACGUCGAUUUUCUUCUCUCCGCGGCAGCCUAUGGAGGAGAGGGCGUCUACUAUUUCCUUGAACAGGUCGUUUGGCUCUCCAAAGUUGGAAUCCUGUCGCCGGAGCUAGCCAGGAGUUGCCAGACGGUCAGCGCUUGGGCGGAAUUGAUUGGAUAUGUGGGGAGCAUCACUCUUAAGGUGAAGGAAGUCAGGAAGAUUAGAUCAACCAUUGAGUCGAGAAGAAGGAUUGCUGAGUAUAGGGAUGGCGAUGAUGUUGAGAUUUCGAAGUUGAGGCAUAAAUUGCUCCUGAAGCAACUGUCGCUUGUCCAGGAUCUAGCUGACGGGUUGAUGGUUUUUGGGGAUGUGAGGGAUGGCAAAGGAUUCCUAACAGACCCGCUGUUGAUGGCUUCGGCGGGGAUGUUAUCGGCAUUGAUCAGUACGCAUAAGAACUGGACUUCUUGUUGAGGUAGGGCUACGAUUUGCGCUUCUAUUCUGCCUUCUAUUUAUAUGAAUAAAGAAGUUAUGUUGACUAGAAUAAUCGGUAAUUGAUUAAACCUUUUAGAUUCCAACUUGUUUAUGAGUGAUC